AGGCGGCUUUCCGGGCUUUCGUUUGCAAGCAUCAAACUCGCGUCUCGUCGCCACAGAAAAUCAAUACGCGUCCGUGUCCACGGUACCGCUGUCAAACCCGUAGUGAGCGUGAGUGCGUGCGUGCCCGAAAAUGUCCGCCGAAGAGCUGAAGCUGCUGGACGAAAUGUUCGACAACUGCGAGUACCAGGACUCGCUCGACAUGAUCCUGAAACUGUCGGAUCGUGACAGCUGCGAGGUCCAGUGGCGCCGUGCCAGGACCGUAUUUUUCCUAUCCAAGCAGUCCACAGUCAGCGACGAAAAGGAGGCCCUCGUCCGCGAGGCAUUCGAACACGCAACAACCGCCCUCGCAACGGAUGGGGACAACUUCGGGGCCAACAAGUGGUACGGUGCGAUCCUGUCGGAAAAAGCCGCCCUAGACGGUGUAACCGAGCGCAUCAAGCAGCUGGAAAACGUCCAGAAACACUUCCAGCGUGCCGUCGCCCUCAACGGGACAUCCGAUUCCGGCAUCUGGCACAUGCUGGGACAGUUCAACUACAAGCUAUCGGAGGUGAACUGGAUCACGCGCAAGCUGAUCAACUCCGUCGCGCCAAAUCCACCGACCGCCUCGUACGCCGAGGCGCUCGAUUGCUUCACCAAGGCCGAAACCAUCCGGCCAGGCUUCUACGCGCUGAAUCUGCUGUACCUCGCCAAGUGUCACCUGGCGCUGAAGCAACCGGCUGAGGCGAAACCGUGGCUCGAACGGGCCGCUGCCGUUGAGGUGCGCUGCGAGGACGACCGCAUCUGCCGUGAGGAGGCAACCGAGCUUCUGAGGAAACUCUGA